AUGGGGGAGCCCCUUCUACUCCUUAUCCUCUCUCCCCCGCAUCUCACGACGCCGCCGCUUUGCCUUGCCGCUGACGGCAUCGAACGCCCGUGCUCCAGCGCAGCCCCCUUCGACCUCCGUCGCGGCCUCCUCGCCACCCCGCUGACUGCGCUACCACGGCGCUCGAGGAGGGGUGCACUCGCUUCUCGCACGGAUUCACCCCGACACCUCUUAUUGCAUGGCCUCCCCAGCCACCUCCUGCCCCACUCAUGUCGCCCACCGCCGGUCGCGCUCAGAUCGCCGCCGCCGUUCACAUGUCUCGACGCAGAUCAAGAUGCCUGCUUCCACCUUGAUUCGCUGUCAAGCAGCUCGCGGCCCCGGCGUACCACACCCAUCGGAGCUUUGGUUGCGGCGGCGCUAGGGCACGUGAGCGGCAAUCGGCGACGAGGGAGGCAAGUAUUCUUUCAUGAAUUUGAAGGGACGCGGCCGGUGUCGAGGGAAACGCGAUGGAACAACUUCCUGCCGGCUCGACUUGGUGGUUGCUUGUGUGCAUGUGUCCGCUUCCCUUCCGCGCCUCACCAAGGCUCGUGCAUCUCCACAAGAAUUUUGAAGAAAUACGUGACUGGAGCUUGGUGUUUGUUAAAUUUGAGACUGAGCAAAGAUUGGACUCAAUGGGGAAGAAGACUUGCAUCUGAGCCCUCUCCAAAAUGGGUAUCAGACAACUCUUACCCAACUAAUGUACCUCUGAUCUGGUAUGUUAAAGGGUAUGCGGUCAGUUCUGACCCAUAUCAAUCCCAAUAUAUGUUCAUGGUGUAUCGCAAUGUUGCAGGCGAUUAAUUUUUGUUUGCCGGUAGCAAUCCAUGGUUAAUUUUAUUUUUCUUUUGAAAA